AUGACUCGAGUCGCACUCGUUCGGAUUCGUGACAUCUCCACCAAAAUUUUGCACCGCAAGAAGACAUGUCGCCGAUACACUCGUUUGAAUGCUUCAAGACAUAACUCAUCUGGUGUUGGUGGCUCUUCUAACCCAUCCUCUCAGACUCCUAUACAAUCUAGUCCAAAUUCGCAAUAUUCGGAUUUUGCCAACCCUCAUGGAUUAGAUGCUAUCGACCUCAAUGAUGAUAAUGAAGAUCGGAGGCAAGAUAGUAUUCAACACUGGCAUUGGAAAGAGGAUGAGAUGUUGAUCAGUGCAUGGUUAAAUGUUUCAACUGACCCUGUAGUUGGUACCGAUCAAAAGGGGGAAACAUUUUGGAGUCGAAUUCAUAGCUACUGUUUAGAAUUUUGCACCGACAUGACAAGGGGGGUAGUUGCAUGUAAGAAACGAUGGUAUAAGAUUAACAAGGCUGUGGCACAAUUUGCAGGUUGCUACGAUCAAGCUAGUCGAAACAUAAGGAGUGGUUCGAACGCUGAUGAUAUAAAGGAGUUGGCUUAUAAACUUUAUUCCACACAUUAUGGUCAAAAAUUCACUUUUGAGAGGCAUUGGAACAUGCUUCGGCUGGAGCAAAAAUGGAGAAGUCAACUACCUACACAGAGUGGCGGCUCAAAGAGAACCAAGGUUAGUGCAACUGGAGCAUACUCAUCCUCAUCAAACCCAGAAACACCGUUGGCUGACGAACCCGGUGUGGACUCUCCCGUUCGCCCACAAGGAUCAAAGAAGAGCAAGCGAAAAGGUAAGGGAAAAGCACAGAUGUCUGAAGAUUUUAGUGAAAGAAAAUCAUCGGUUGUCAAAAAAUUAUCUCUCAUGGAAGAUAUUAAGAAUGUUAGAGAAAAUGAGGGAGAAGAAGAUUUUGCACCAUACCAUCAAUUUCUCCAAAGAAAUGCCCAACUUCGAAAUAGGCAGCAGCAUAGACAAUUGAAAGAGGACUUGAUUGAACACAUAUGGUGGGCCAUAAACAGGAACUGGGAUAAGUUCCCUAUUGGAGAUGGUCUAAUACUAAAAGAGCGUGGGAGAAUUAACGGAAAAAAAAAGGACGGGAGUUUCGAGGACACUCUUCCCGCCGGCGGAAAAUACAAAAUUUCAUUUUGA